GUUUGGGCUUCACGUUGACCAAAUAAUUACGGCCCCGCCUAAGCCAACAGGGGAGACGAGAAUUCAUCAACGUCGCAACCAAUCAAGAAGUUUAAAACCAAAUGACAGCACAACAUACGUCAUUGAGCUGUUCAACAGCAGGUGCGCAUCAAAUCAAGGACUCGAGGCAGAGGUGAGGCCUAAGACACGUAUGAAUUUUAUGAAUUUUUUUAUGAUUAAGGUACCUAUCUUUGCUUCUAGAUGAACAACGAAGUCCUGAGAAACUAAAUCCUAAGCGCGUUCGUAUACUCGAGAAGGACAAACGGUAAUACCAACAAAAUGGAUCUCCUAUUAUCUCUUCCGAUAGUCUCAUAUUUUGGUGGACCGAUGCUCUCGUCGUGGUCGGGUUCGCUAAAUCUCCUAUUUUUCUAUAUGACUUGGACGACACUUGUCCUAUCCCAUUCGCCUCUGAGGAUCGAGUUGGUCGGCACUCUAGCAGUGCGAAUAGUAUUCUGGCUCUUGCCGUCGCUCUUCUUCCUGCUAUUCGACACAUUGGUUCCUAGCCUCGCGGAAUCUAUCAAGUUCUAUGGCUCUACAUCUUUACCUCGGCGAAGUGCUGCCUCCUUACUUGGACAGAUCCUGCUUGCUAUAUUCAAUCUUGCGCUCAGUACCGCUGUGCAAGCCGGUAUAUCCAUAGGCGCAGGUACAUUCCUGCGCCGUCCGCUCUUCAAGACCAGUACGGCACUGCCACUCCCCUGGCAAAUAGCAAAGCAUAUCUUGAUGCUGUAUACCGCGCGCGAGAUUCUGACGUAUUACCUCCACCGAUUUGUGUUACACUCUCGGGGGAGAGUGGCGAGACUACAUAGCGCAUACGCGCACUCGCGCAAGCACGCCGCCCCAUAUGCCCUGAUGCUCUAUACAGACCAUCCGCUGCCGCUUCUUUUUAAUCGCACAUUGCCAGUAUACUUAUCAGCCAUGGUCAUCCAGCCGCAUCUACUCACAUAUUUUUUAUUUACUAUCUUGACGACGCUAGAGGAGACGAUGUCCAUGUCUGGCUACAGCAUUGUACCGGGUAUCAUCAUGGGCGGUAUCACACGACGUACUGCGACGCACUAUGCAAGCGGCGGGCGCGGUAACUUCGGUGCUUGGGGACUGCUGGACUGGGCCAGUGGUACGAGCGUGGGCAAAGACGUAGUAAAGGAUAUUCAUGAUGAAGCAGAAAAGCACCAGGUCAAGGAGCGCGGCCAAAAAGCUGUAGGCGACACGGGCAGCUGGGUACAAGACGGUAUCAAUGGCUUGAAGAAGGGUCGCAAAAGCCGGAAGAAGAGCUUGGACUAGCGAUAGUCCAUAGUCCAUAGUCUGAACUUUUAUUUUUGGGAAAUUGGGAAAGGAAAUAGACAACGAUGCUAUGGAUUACGACCUUUAAGAUUCGCCAGGGGACGACUUUGUUGGAGUUUGGCGUAAGAAGGGAUUAGGUUAGAGACGCGUGCAUACGCCUAUGAUUGUAUGAAUGAGAUAUGAGAG